AUGGCGGGGGACCCACAGGAUGUCAAAGAAAUUCAAUCGAUCUCCACACCCGAGCCUCGUCCUGAACAGCAACUUAGCAAUGGACGGGCCAACACACCCAGCACCCCGGGCGUCUUCACCUCGUUCGACUGGGAAGACUUUGAGGCCAGGUACCACAAGGCUCUCACAGAUGCCGAUGGCCAGGAACAGGAACUCAUGAAUGAGUUCAACGAGCUGGUCAAGUUCUUCAACAUUUGGGCAGCAUCGUCGAGUGCUCAUGAUACCCAGCGCGCAGUAAAGCGACUUCAAACCCGACAGCGUUUUGUCAAUCUUUCUGAGCAGACCAUGGCGCAACGGCAGCAGCACAUGUCUGAAGUUCUUCAAGCUUUCCAGAGUGCCUUGGCCCUUCUUGGUCAAACCGAUUCUUGA